AUGUUGUACCUCGUGGGUCUUGGGCUUGCUGAUGAGACUGACAUUACUGUCAGAGGCUUGGAGGUUGUCAAGAGGGCCGAGCGUGUCUACCUCGAGGCCUACACGAGCAUUCUCCUUGUGAGCAAAGAGAAGCUAGAAGCGUUCUAUGGGCGUCCUGUCAUUGAAGCGGACAGAGAGUUGGUUGAGACUGGCAGUGAUGACAUUCUGGCUGGAGCCGAUAAGACAGAUAUCGCAUUCCUCGUAGUGGGCGAUCCAUUUGGUGCUACGACACAUACGGACCUUGUCCUCCGUGCCCGCGAGAUGGGAAUCGAAUCCAAGGUCAUCCCGAAUGCCUCAAUUAUGUCCGGAAUCGGAUGCACAGGCCUGCAACUCUACAACUUCGGUCAAACCGUGAGCAUGGUCUUCUUCACAGAAACCUGGAAACCAUCAUCCUACUAUGACCGCGUCAAGGAAAAUGUACAGCUGGGACUUCACACACUGGUGCUCUUGGAUAUCAAGGUUAAGGAGCAAUCGUUGGAGAAUAUGGCCAGAGGACGCAGGGUCUUUGAGCCUCCCAGAUAUAUGACGGUCGCCCAAUGCGCGAGUCAGAUGUUGGAGACCGAGGAAGAACGAAAGGAGGGCGUCUUUGGACCCGACAGCCUUGCGAUCGGAGCUGCCAGAGUUGGAGCCCCUGACCAGAAAUUGGUUGCAGGUACACUCAAGGAAUUGUCCGAGGUAGAUAUGGGUCAGCCAUUGCACAGUUUGGUGCUGCUUGGUAGAAGGGCGCAUGAUCUGGAAAGGGACUAUAUCAGGGAGUUUGCUGUGGAUAAAGCGACUUUCGAUGCCAGUUGGCAGAAGGGAUAUGGAGCGACCUCAUGA